UAGAGGGCGGAGAGAAGAACAAAGGAGAAAGAUAAUGAAAGAGAUGGAGGGCAGAGAGGAAACUAGUGUGAGAGAUGGAUAGAAAGUGUAAGUGAACAAAGCGAGAGAAGUCCUAAAGUCAAGCAUUAAACGAUACAGUGUUGUGUCCUCAACAGGUCAGUGGACUUACCGGGAGGAUUAUGUCCAAACCUUCGUCCAACGUGAAGGCCCUACAGGCUAAUUUGAACAUCCCGAUGGGAGCUCUGCGUCCAGGGGCGGGACAUCCUGUCAAGAGGAGAGAGGAGACAGUAGACACAGAAGAGGCUCAUUCACCAGACCAACCCUGCGCUGCCGCCCAGACGCCAGAGGAGAAGAAGGCGUUGCCGGGCGCGGUGAAGCUGCCCGGUCUGGCCGUUAACUUAUCAGAGCUGCAGAACGUCAAGAGUGAGCUACGAUGGGUCACCAAGGACUAACAUGAUGCCCAGCCAGGCGGAGACGAAGGCAGACAAUCUUCACAGACACAGACGUGCCCACUGCCACCGAAGACUUGAGCAGGCUACAAACUAAUCCCAACAUGUUCGGAAAACAGCUUUGUGUAAACCAACGUCUGCAGAAAAUGUCCAGCGUUUAACCAAAACCACCAAGAAGCAGGCGUCCAUUCCUUUCAGUGCUCCUCAUAGGUUAAAACCACUGCAUAUAUCUAUAUUUAUCUUACCACGUGUACCAGAUUGUUUCAUCACACAUCCAAACUUAAAUCACAAUUUAUACAAAAAAGUGAAAAGACGUCGAGAUAAAGCAAGAUAUUCUGGCUUGUUUCCGCUGCAGAAAAGACUCCACUCUACUUGGACGUUUAGGAGUAAGUGAGUUGUGUUGCAAUAACAGCUUAUUCUUGAGCAUAUUCUUUGCUUUUUUUUAGUUUUUGUGGGUAUUUUUAAGUGUGAAGUAGCUGGUUUUGAACGACAGUUGUUGACAAUUGAUGUGCAUUUAAGGAAUGUGAUUGCUCUUUUUUUCCCAUUCUGUCAAAACUCCAACUAUUCAGCACUGAUUUAUACUGAUACUUUCUAUUCAAUUAUUCAUUUCUAAAUGUUGUAACAAUUUGCAAUAAUGCGAUGGGAUUCAAGUUCAACUGUACCGAUUAUUUUUUGUUUUUGGAAGUGGGAAUAUAACGUUUUACUUGUUUUGUUGAUAUAAUUCCCAGAAACUGGUAUCUUCAGGAAAAUGUUGCAAUAAAACAAGAUGGUUCUGAAAAUCCAAA